UGGCCCGAGGGCCGCUGCUGGACUCAGCCGGGCAGCCUGCUCGCUGCUGCCAAGCGCCCCGAGAUUGGGCCCUCUCCCACGGGGUGCAGGCUCAAGCUGGGAAAGAGGGGGUGAGGAAGGUUUGCUCUUGGGCCCGUGGCGUUUGUGUCCCCUCUGCCUUCAGCCCGUUGCAGCAGCGUGAGCAUGGAGCCUGCACUCAAGAGUUUGCCCUGGCGUCCCUGUGUGACCGCCACCUCCCCUCAGCCAGCCAGGGUAGGGGUGAACCUGCCCUUUCACAGAUAAGUCCCCCGGAAAUUAACCGAGUAACAAGUUCUGACAUGGUGGGGGCGGUAAGGACCUGUACCUAGAUGUCAUGACUGCAGCCCCACCCCGUGUCCACUUACCUGGGUGCCAGUGACCCUUCCCAUCACUAGGAGGUGAGGUCGGACGAGGGCUGACCCCAGAGGUCUCAGCACUGUUGAGGAGCCCUGUUGGGGCUGCUUGUGCUGUUGAAGUCCUUUGAAGCAGGGACUGUCUGUGCUGUUGCUGGAUGCACGUUAUGUUUUCCUUCCCCUGCCCCUUUUUUGCCCCAGAUAAGGAAUCCUACUUCAUCACAGCGUGAAAGACAAGUCCUUCUCACUUUGGACCCAGCUGUCCUGGCAAACCUGAGGCCAGCGGCCCCCAGCUAUGAUAUGGGGGGUUUUUCUGGAAGAACCAGCUUGCUUCUGUCUGUGGACAAGGCCGUGGGUUGGGAGGACACUCCAGACCACUGCUGUGACGAGAGCUUCCAUUCAGUUCCUGCAGGUGUGCAUACCUUCAGCAGGCCUUGGGGGAAGAUGGCGGCCCUGGGGGACAGUCAGAAGCCCCUUCAUGUCCUGUCCCCCAUCGGUCUCGAGUCACCGGGGACACCUGGAGCCCACCACCACCACGAAGCCCAGCUUCACCUCCACAGUCAUCAACAUGGCUUCCCCAGCUGCAGCCUUGAGGUGCUUUCCCAGCCACCCCAGGAGGAAGAGCUGUCGGGCCUGGAUCUCCAGGAUGUGGAGGAGGUCCAGACUGGCAGAGACACCUGCUGGCCGGAUUCCGAGUCAGGGCCUGCGCAGGCUGUGCCCCCCCACCCACACGGUCCUGAAGACAAGGUGGACCAGGACGGGGGGGUGCUGAGGACCCUUCUGCAGAGCCUUCCCCGUAGACCCAAGUGUGGGGACAGCCUUGGGCCAGAGUCCAGCUUGGAGCAGCCUGCAGGCCAGCCGCCCGGGGCCGGGCCCUGCACCCAGAAGAGAGGCACCUGGCGCCGGCUGCAGGGAGCCUCCGGGACGGGUGGCGGCCUAGCCCGGGCUGCUGAGGACAGCUUCGGUCUGGGUGUGGGCCCCGGGGCCCGGCCGGCCGGCCCGCAGGGCGGGAAGCCGCACAGGUGUGAGGCCUGCGGCAAGAGCUUCAGGUACAACUCGCUGCUGCUGAAGCACCAGCGCGUCCACACCGGCGAGAAGCCCUACGCCUGCCACGAGUGCGGCAAGCGCUUCCGCGGCUGGUCAGGCUUCAUCCAGCACCACCGCAUCCACACGGGCGAGAAGCCCUAUGAGUGCGGCCAGUGCGGCCGCGCCUUCAGUCACAGCUCACACUUCACGCAGCACCUGCGCAUCCACAACGGUGAGAAGCCGUAUGAGUGCGGCGAGUGCGGCCAGGCCUUCAGCCAGAGCUCCAACCUGGUGCGGCACCAGCGGCUGCACACGGGCGAGAAGCCGUACGCCUGCAGCCAGUGCGGCAAGGCCUUCAUCUGGAGCUCCGUGCUCAUCGAGCACCAGCGCAUCCACACGGGCGAGAAGCCCUACGAGUGCCCCGACUGCGGCAAGGCCUUCCGCGGCCGCUCCCACUUCUUCCGGCACCUGCGGACCCACACGGGCGAAAAGCCCUUUGCCUGCGGCGCCUGCGGCAAGGCCUUCGGCCAGAGUUCCCAGCUCAUCCAGCACCAGAGGGUCCACUACCGGGAGUAGCGGGCGCAGGGGCCGUGGCUGAGCCUCGGAGGGACGUGGGGCAGCAGCCUUGGAUGGCGGGGAGGGCUCCUGCCUUCUCACCCUUACUGGCUGGCACAACCAGUAGCACGUGCCAUGUCCUGAAUAAAUUCUUUUCACUUGAUGGAAA